AGUCGUGGUAUUAAAGUAAUAAAACCAAAUCUGCCCAUAAGUGAAAAUCAGAAGAAAAUUUCUCUUCAUCUUCCUUCCUUCUUCACACUUACAUGUCAUUUACUUGUCACCUACUACUUACUAGUCAACUUACUUUUAUCUUAUAAUAAUAAACUUUCUUGCCACGACUUUAUUCUUCCCCCUUCAAAGAAAUCUUCUUUAUUUACUUCUCCAUCUCAAAACGGAACUUACAGCCAUCAGCCCAACGUCAAGUUUCUACUUAUCAUAUAAUCAAUCAACAACAACAAAAGAAUAUUUUAAUUCAUUUGAUUUGUUAUUUAUUUCAACAUGUCUAAAGUUCAAAACCCUACCGUCGAGGAGCAAGUAGCUACCCCAGCUCCCGAGACCACCACCACCACCACCAGCACUGAAGCACCAGUUGUUGAACCGGUUGAAGAGCCAAAGGUUGAAGAGCCACAGGUCGAAGAGCCAGUUGCUGCAACUGAGGCAGCUGUCGAAACACCAGCUGUUGUUGUUGAGGAACCAACUGCAGAGGCCACCACUGAUGCUGCACCAGUCGCUAAGGAGGUUACACCUGUUGAGGAGGGAGUUUUGGGUUACAAGGGUCCAGGUUUACUCAAGUAAGUUAUCACUCAUCAGAAUAUGAUAAUAUCUUCACCUGCGAAUAUGCGCCUUUGAUUUUUGACUGGUUGCUCGUUGAUUCUUGAGAUCGCCAGAAACCUCAUCAAGACAUUAUGUGAGUCAAUAACUAACCUGAUCCUUUUUACAGGAGCUUCAUUUUCCAAAAGAAGCACUUCUGGUUCGGAUCUGAGCCAGUUGAGCACAAGAACCUUUCCAGCUACCUUCGUGGUGAGAAGCCAGAUGUCGCCAACCACAAUGCCGCUUGGUCUUCCCACACUGGUAAUGGUCUCUUGUUCUUCAGCAAGAAGGCCAGUGAUAAGGCCAGCCCAGCUGGUAUCCUGAACUUGGUAAGUCAUCCAUGAUAAAAUUAUGCCAGAUGAAAGCCUGCUAACACGUAAUCCACAGUCCGAAGCUUCUGAUGUCUCUGAAGAUGGUACUGUUGAUUUCUUCUUCUCCAUUCACGGCCACAAGCACACUUUCCAAGCUGCCAACGUCGCCGAACGUGAUAACUGGGUUGCUACCUUGAAGACUAAGAUCGCUGAGGCUAAGGAAAUUUCCGAGUCUGUCAAGGAGAGCGAAACAUACAAGACCAGUAUCGCUGCAUUGGCCAAGCCAUUCUCUGGUGCUGCCACUCCAAAGAAGGAGGCAAAGGAAGAAAAGAAAGAGGAGAAGGCUGAAGCCAAGGCCGAGAAGAAGGAAGAAAAGGCCGAGGCAAAGGAGGCCAAGGAGGAGCAAAAAGAGGAGAACGCUGAAGCUAAGGCUGAGGCAAAGGAAGAGAAGAAGGAGGAGAAGGCCGAACUUAAGGCUGAGAAGAAGGAUCGCAAGAGUCGCUCUGCUUCUCGCAAGGGUGACAAGCGUACUUCCAUCUUCGGUGCCCUCCCAGGUUUUGGAAAGAAGGAGGAGAAGACCGAAGCACCAAAGGAUGAAGUUGUUGCUUCUCCAUCAACCGAGGAACCAGUUGUUACUUCUGAUGCUUCAGCUGCUCCAGUUGUUGAUGCACCAGUUGCUGCUGAGGCUCCAGCCACCACUGAAGAAGCUGCCAUCGCUCCAGCUGUCGAAGAGCCAGUUGCCGCCGCUGCUCCAGUUGAGAAGCCUGUUGAGAAGCCUGUUCCCACCAAGCGUAACAGCAUCUUCGGUACCCUUCAAUCCAGAUUCUCCAACAAGAAGUUUGAGCCCGAAGCUGUUUCCCCAGUUGUUGCCGCAAAGGAUGAGGAGCCAGUUUCCGAAAACGCCCCAGUUAUCCCUGCUGUUGAUACUACUGAGCCAUUGACCACCAACGCUGAUGCCUCCGGCCCAGCUGAGACUACUGAGGUCCCAGCCAUCAAUGGCGAGACCCCCAAGGCUGCGGAAAUACCAAUGACUAAGGCCGAUAAGCGCAAGAGCUCCCUCCCAUGGUUGAGCAAGAAGGACAAGUCCGCCGCCACUAGUGAUGAAGAGACUGAGAAACCAAAGUCACCUUUUGCCAAGCUCCGUGCUACCGUCAAGUCCAAGUCAUCACCAAAGACUGAGAAGACUGCUGAGAAGCCACUUGAGCCAACUGUCGAAGCUAAGGCUGAGGACAAGAUUGAUGAAGAGACCGUUGCCACUGAGGCUGAAGCUGAGGCUGCCCCAGCUGCUACCGAGCCCGUCGUUUCUGAGCCCGUCGUUGCUGCUCCAAGCAGCACCACUCCUCAAGUUUCUGCUACCGCAUGAAGCAACUCACAUCAUUAAAGUUGCAUCGCAUCUUCGUAAUGAUUUCUUAUUGUUCUCGUCGGGAAAACGGAUCUCCUUGAAAUACCCCCAAGAUUGAUUGAUACCACUCUCAUUUUGCAGUACUUUGUUCAUCUUUCUUUUCCUUUUGCGUUUGUUAUGUUUUGGUCUGCCUGCGCUUGCGGUUUCUGCUGCGUAUUGAUACCCCUAUACCCAGACUGUCUUUUCGCAAUCUGCCACUAGGGCAAACCAACUUCAACUUAAUACCUAAUAUAAAGUUUCUUGAUGUCUUAUGA